CUAGGACCGAGCAGGGCGGACUGGACCGGACGGGGCGGAAGCGGCCGGACCCCGGGUGUAUGCGGCCGCCCGGACGGACACCGGGCCCGCGCAGCCGGGAAGCGGGGUGCUGACGGCGGACAGGGGAGCUGCCCCCACCGAGCAGCAUGGAUGCCCCGCGUAGGGACAUGGAACUGCUCAGCAACAGCCUGGCGGCCUACGCACACAUCCGCGCUAAUCCCGAGAGCUUUGGCCUCUACUUCGUGCUGGGCGUCUGCUUCGGCCUACUGCUGACCUUGUGUCUACUGGUCAUCAGCAUCUCCUGCGCCCCCCGCCCGCGGCCCCGGGGCCCUGUCCUGCGCCGGGACCCACGCAGCAGCACCCUGGGGCCCGAAGACGAUGAUGACGAUGACGAAGACGAAGACACGGUGACACGGCUGGGCCCCGACGACACACUGCCCGGCGCCGAGCUGUCCACGGAGCCCGAUGGGCCCCUCAGCGUCAAUGUCUUCACGUCCGCGGAGGAACUGGAGCGUGCCCAGCGGCUGGAGGAGCGGGAGCGGAUCCUUAGGGAGAUUUGGCGCACUGGGCAGCCGGACCUGCUGGGCACUGGCACGCUGGGGCCCAGCCCCACCGGCACAGGCACACUGGGCCGCAUGCACUAUUACUGACGCCCAGCUCUGCUGCAAAGGGGCUCUU